UGUGUGUAGUGACAGUAACCUGGGAGCAUGAAGGUAGCUACAGCACAGAUACAGAUGCAUGUCCCCACCAAGAGGAGUCCACGGUUGAGAUGGAGAUACACAGUGUGUGCUGAUAGGGUUGGCCAGAACGAAGAGGAAGAGUCUGUUGAUCCAGUUGUCCUGGCAACCGACAAACUCCAGAACGAUCAGAGUUCAGAGUACGAUGGUGAGAACCCUCUGACAAUCAACACUGACUUUCAAGACGAAGACGACGAGAAUCCUCACACAAGCAACACAGACUUCCACGAUGAGGAGAUUGUGAAUGAACUGUCCAAUCAGCUCAGUCCACAUGUUUCGCCAACCAGUAUUAACCACCUCGAGUCACACAGCGGCCCUCCCAGCGAGGCAGGGUCGUCACGUCCUCCGUCCCCAAGCAAUCCGUCCAGCUUAUAUUCCCCCAGCCAAAGCUACCCUGUGUUCCCGUCAUCUUCCCGGCCCCAAAAGAGGGGGGCAAAGGUCAGCGAAGAACAGAAGAUUCUCCCGGUAGCAGGUAAAGAUGGCCUUGCCAAGUUCGUGUGCCCCGUGUGCAAGGAUGAGAUGAGCACACUACAUGAUCUCACCGUCCACAUCCGCCAACACAACUCCACCGCCAUCAGCUCCAACUCCGCCAACAGUUGCACCAUCUGCGGCAAGAUCCUCAGUUCCCAGAGCUCACUGGACAGGCACAUGUUGGUCCACUCAGGUGAACGUCCAUUCUCUUGCCGAGUAUGCAAAAUGUCAUUCACUACCAACGGCAACAUGCACAGGCACAUGCGCAUCCACAGCAAGGAAGCAGAGCUCGGGAUGAUGCAUGGUGUCAAGUCUGGCUCUCGCCGUGGCAAGGGAGGAUGGCGCCCUAAGACAGUUGUGCACCCUUCUAUGCAAGACCUUGAUCUCAGUACUAGUGAAGCUGCCUCAAGAUUUCUUGAACGGCCGCCCCCUCAGUUUGCAUUUCACAUGGCACCCUCCGACAUGCCGCCAUUUGGUGGUAACAAGAGACCCUCAGAAGAGUCCCAGUGGGACCACCAGUUGUCUCUGAAGAUGCCGAUGAUGUCUGGUGUUGCACUGCAUCCUCCGUCCUUGUCAAUGACAACCCUUCCUACAGUGCAGCAACAGCAACAGCAGCAGCAGCAGCCCCAGCCCCAGCCCCAGCCCCACCACCAGCCCCAGCGGCAGACUAUAGAAAGCACCAUUGGCCAGAUUCCACUUCAAUCUGGCAACGUAUGCAUGAAGGAGGAAGAUGAGCCAGCCUUCCCAGUCAUUCCUCAGCCAAACUCUCGGACCCUCAUCUACCACAAGAUGCUUGACCCAAAUGGGGUCAAGGUCAAAGACGAACCCAACACAUCCUCCACACCAAAUCAAGACACAAAUGAGGCUGGAAUCUCUGUUGGGUUUUAUGAUUUGGACUUUGUUGACUUCACAAGCAACAAGUUUCCCCUGAUAGCCAAAGCAUGGUGCGAGCACUGUACCCGUCAGCCAAGUAGCAAAUACCAUCGAUUUGACUGCACUGUGUGCAAGAAGGCUUUCCCUUGUAAGGCUGCCCUGCUCCUGCACACUCCUGUCCACACUGGGAAACAGUUGACUUCCUGCCCGUUCUGUGACUGUGAGUUCGUGGAACAGGAUAUCAUGCAGACACACAUGGUGAAACACAUGUCGGAGCGGGGUCUUGAAGACACUCAGGCUGUCAACCCUCACUCUGUCUCACAGCAAGACUUUCUGGCACAGUUCAGCCUGGCCCCGAGGCAGCUAGUUAAGGGCAAAGAAUCUCAUGCCAAGAAAAUUGCAAAGAUUGAAAAGAGAGAAAACAAUGAAUAUUUCCCAACACUUGGUCAUGCUUUUGUACCAUCUGUCAUGCCCAAACCUCAAGUGUCAUUGGACACCAAAGCCAAACUAGCUAAAGAAGUCGAGGAUCUGAAACGUAUCUACCCACAAGCUAUGUUCGUACCCGACAGGUUCAUUUUCUCCCCGGUGAACCAAUGUCUGCACUCCCAACAACUGGGUCAGUCAAUUCUUGCCGUCCCCCAACAGCCAAGAAGUCACAGCCCCACCCCCAUGAGUUCAGUCACCCCACCCCCAGUGGAGUCCAAGCAAUCCGAGUCCCCUUUCAUUGAAGCGAGCCCUGUGACAACACCUCCACUCUGGGAGGAAGGUCAAGGAAGGUUCCCCUGCAGAUACUGUGAUCUUGCCUUCAACAACCAGAGAAGCCUGAAGGCUACUCCAAGCGCCGACAAGAGCACCCUCAUCCGACACCUGCGCAUUACACAACGGAGAGCUGACCCUUCCAGUGCCUCAUCUGUGACUUUGCCUUCACCACAAAAGCUAACUGUGAGGAGGCAUGUCAGCUCUCAUGACAGAAAGAAGCAUGGCAAGCUAAUGAAGGAAGACAUUGAGCAGUCCAUUGGCUACAACAAGUAUGUAAUGGACACAGCGUCAAGCAUGGACGCCUUCCACUCCCCCGACACGGUCUGCAAGUACUGUGGCAUUGACUUCAAGUUCUUCCGAGCCCUCAAGCACCACCUCCGGUCUCACAGCAGCUGCCGACAGAAGCCCUUCCUCUGCCAGAGAUGUGAUGUUGGCUUCUCCACCAAGGCGAACUGUGUCCGCCACAUCCAGAAGCAGCACCUGGAGGUGGGCCAACACCAGAUCGAGGGCUUGAUCCACGUCAAUGAGCCUUCCAUGAUGGAUGACAUGGAGAGAGUGACCAGCGACAGUCAGGAGUCGGCCAGCCCAGCUAGUCUCUCCAGUAGUGGUAACUUCCAGGUUUCCCCCAGUCCCCCCGCAGCACACAAGGUGGAGCCGUCCUCCCCCACUCCUCCAUGCUGGUUCUUGCAGUUUUCCCCUCCAGCAUCCGACCACAGUCAGAAGGACGAGUUGGAUGAGGAUGACUUUGUCCUUGUCAGCGACAACAACAACAACAACGACAAGCACAGCUGGGAGAUAUCUCCACUGUCCAUGAAGGAGAAACGUAACAGGGAGGCCAAGAAGAUGGCGUUCAUGGCCAAAUACAGGAUGCACUCCCCCAACUCAGGUGGGGAUUCUGUGUCCGACCUUGCCUCAGUCCACAAGAUCCUCAACAACACAGGAGCCUACAAGUUCAACAUGUUCCUUGGAACCAGCUGUGAUGCCGAGGAGGAGGACAAAAUGUCAGCCUUCAGGAAGCAGCUAAUAAACACUGCAAUCCACAAACACACAUCCCCAUGUGACUCUCCCUCCUCCGAAGCCAACAGGGGUUCCCCUGACAAGGGCUCGGCUGAGUCGGAUGUACAACUCCUGGCUCAGUCAUACAGGGAAGACGUCAGGAGCAACAUGAAAGAACAGCAGCAGCAACAGCAGGAGGGACUCCCCCACAAGUUGGCAUGUCCUUACUGCCCCCGGUCAUUUCCAUGGGUCAGCUCACUCAACAGGCACCUACUCACACACACAGGCCAGAAACCAUUCAAGUGUCCUCGAUGUCCAGUAACCUUCUCCACCAAGUCCAACCGAGAGCGACACCUCAUCGCGCAACACGGAGUGAACAUGUUGGACCCAGCCUCCCGACAGACCAUGGACAGACCAUACAAGUGUCACCUUUGUGUCUUCAGCUCCUUCUCAACUGAAAGCAACUUGUUGAAGCACUAUCAGGAAAGACACAGCGGAGUGAAGCCCGAGCCAGCAAAGGUAUCGACGAGCGAUGAUAGCUUCUCUGGCGAUGACACAAACAUGAUCUCUGUCAAGUCCAAUGAUGCAAUGCCAGGUCCAAGUCCUGGUGACAGCGGUUCCGAUCUGGACCAAUCAAAAGCUGACAUGUCCGACUACAGUUCAUUCAUCCAACAGUACACUUCAGCAGAACUCGAAGGUCAAGUUCAAGGUGAUGAUGAGGAUGAUGAUGAAGACAUCAUUGCCUCAGCAGGAUCUGGUGAGCGACAAACAAACCCAGAGCGAGACAAUUACAAUGUGGACAAAAUCAAACAUUGCUGGAAAUGUGGAAAGUCCUUCCCAUCACGUAAGAUGCUAGUUCGUCAUCUGAAGGAACAUAAUAUCGACCUGCCCUUCAAGUGCUAUCUCUGUGAUGCCUCAUUCGACCACAGGAAGGAGUGCCUGCUGCACCAGGAGAAGCACCACACCCGGGACUGGAGCGUCCUGAGGGGAGAAAAGAACAGCGUGGGCGACAUUGACUGCUUUGCCUCCAAGAUGGAUGUGGUGGUGGGCGACAAUGACGAGGAAGAUGGUGGCGAGGAACCCAUUGAGUCUGUCACAUCCGACUACAACCAGAGGAAGGUCUACUGCUCUCUGUGUCCUAAACGCUUCUGGUCAUUGCAGGAUCUCCGGCGACACAUGCGCUCUCAUACAGGGGAGCGCCCCUUUGAGUGUGACGUGUGUCAGAAGAGGUUCACUUUGAAGCACAGUAUGAUGCGACAUCGCAAGAAGCACCUGCCUGGCUCCCUCUCCCGCUCUCUCUCCCCUGCAUUCAGUGAUGAUGAGGACAUUGUCCAUAAUGAGGAAACUGUUCUGCCUGGGAGAAGUGCUCUCCGUUACCAUCUGACCACAAACACAAGGAGAGAUAACCCUGUGUUUGUACCUGAGAGGACCUCCGCCAGCAUGGUGCCCCAGAUGAAUGGGGGGAGUGAUGACCAUGACAGGGAUGAUGACAUUUUGCACAACCUCCUGGGAGUGGACGAGUCAACCAUCAACACUAUGCUGGACUCGGCUGAUUCUGCAGCCAAGAUGCUGGGCUUCAAAUAAAAUAACAUGGACGUGAAGAUGCUCCAUGUCCAAAUAUGGAGGAAGGUGUGUCCCUGUGUCAUUGUGUGAUGUCCUUGAACCUUGUCUGAACUGGCUGAAGUCUGGUUGGGAGGCAGAUAACACAAGUUUCAUAUAACGGAUGGCGUCAGGAUCCAGUAAAUAUGCAAAUGAGGUCUUCCAGCAGGAACUACGUCCAUCCAACGAUUCAAUGUCUGCUUUAUGCAAUGUGUCUGCAUUGGGGUUUUCUGAGUUGUGGGUGAUUUUGUAGACAAACCUGGCUGCAACUCCUAUGGGACUAUUUGACAGUUGAGCCGCUUUACUCAAGAACUGUAUACAAAUGUAGUUCUUUGGGUGAAAAUAUGACUUAAACAUUAAUCAUUGCCUUCAUCUGUUUCUAUAAAGUCACCAUAAAAAUUCCAAUGCCUGAUCUUGGACACAUAUUUUACGGAGAAGGUUGA